AUGGAUUUGUUGUUAUUACUUUGCGGUUUAUGUCCUCUGCUUGAGUGCUCCGGUGUGAGGAACGCAACUCCUCGUUUACAAGAGGCUGGAUUGAUAGUGUAUGUUUCGACCGAGUACUGUGAGACUCAAGGUACAUCGCAAGGAUUUCUGAAACGGUCAUUAAAGGUGCUUGAUAUAGUUCUAGUUUUUUUGGCUCAAGAUGUCGCCCGUGUAGAAUUACAAAACUGUCAAGUAUCUUGUGUUGUUUUGGAGAUGCUUACAUGGUCUGGUACAACAAAUGUAUUGAAAAAUGCGCAGAUUUUGCUUCAUCUGAUUCUUUGUGGGCUGCUUAAUGGUGAGAAGGGCGCGUGGUAUUGUGAUUCGAAGCUGGAUAUGAUCUCUGAAGGACAUAAUCAAAAGCCAUUGGUGAAUUAUUUUCUUUUUGACCAACGUAUACAUUUUAGGGACAUUCUUACCACCCGCCUAAGUAUGUCUAUAUUCUCCUCUGUACAUCUACGAGGAUUCGAAAAGGCUUCUGUCCAAGAGGUCAUUGUGGUUCUAGAGGCCUUGGUAAACGGAAAUAUUUUGGAGCAUGUUAAGCAAAGGUAUUUGUAG